GACUCUGGAUAUCACCAACAUUACGAAUAGUGGCAGGAGAAAAUCUGAACUCUGGCUCCAUUUAUUAGCUUUUUCUGGGGUUUCAACCACAUACACAGACAAACACAAACAAACUGAGUUGACCCAUUAAUGAUCUCUGAUGUUAUAUGUGGAUGUUUAGUUGUGUGAAUGAUCUUAAUAUAGGGGGCAAAAUAGAGGAAGGAAAGGAGAAAUAAAUUAUAUAUUAUUAAAUUGUAUUGUUUUAAAUGCUAGGUGCAUACAUGGUACAGCACUGUUGUUGGGGAAAUGGUCCCAGCAACACUUUAAUUCAUUUGUAAGAAAACAGUACAGCCUCACUCCUGUAUCUUUGUUGGUACUUCAGCUUGUUUACCUAUCUCAAUAGAUCAUCUGAGAGCAAAUUCUCACAUUUGAAAGCAGUAUUCACUGAGUUGAAGAGGGAGAGAGAGAGAGAGAGAGAGAGAGAGAGAGAGAGGGAAGCCCCGAGCAGCGCAGCAGAGGAAGCGCUCGGCCCGAAGUGGUCGUUCGGCGCUCGAUUGCUCCGGUCUGAUCUCCCCUGACGUAAAGAUGGAUGCCUGCCGAAACAGGUUAUAACGAGGGACGUGACUCCCCGGAGGAUCUCAACGUGCAGCUUGUGUGUGUGUGUGUGUGUGUGUGUGUCAGUGUGUGUGUCUCCUAUCUGCAGCCCUGUUCCGGCCGAUGCCUGCUGCGCUACAGCAUGACCACAGCAGUGUCGGCUCAUCUCGUAGUUCUGGCCAAUGAAAAUGGAGGAGGUGUCAAUGUCCAGCCUGGACAACAGCAAGCUGGAGGGCCUAGCUCAGGACAUCCUGUCUGACCUGGUGGAGGACGCAUGCCUGGGACUUUGCUUCGAUGUCCACCGGGCCGUCAAGCAGGGUUAUUUUUUCCUGGAUGACACGGACCAAGAAAGCAUGAGGGACUUUGAAAUUGUGGACCAGCCAGGAUUGGACGUGUUUGGCCAGGUGUACAACCAGUGGAAAAACAAGGAGUGCGUCUGUCCCAACUGCAGCCGAAGCAUUGCUGCAUCACGCUUCGCCCCACACCUGGAGAAAUGUCUGGGGAUGGGACGCAACAGCAGCCGCAUAGCCAACCGCAGAAUAGUCACUGGUAAUAACGCAAACAACAAAUCAGAGAGUGACCAAGAAGAUAAUGACGACGUCAAUGAUAAUGACUGGUCUUAUGGGGCAGAAAAGAAAGCAAAGAAAAGGAAAUCUGAUAAGAAUCCAAACUCACCCAGAAGAUCCAAAUCAUUCAAGCAUAAGAGCAGCAUGAUGGGUCCUAGACGUCGAAUGGACAACCAGGAGAGCCCACGCAUGCUAAUGAAAGAUGAGGCAUUCCCUCAAUAAAACACUCAGCCACAAACACAUUCUCUCAACAUCAUGUGUGUGUGUGUCGCAUACACACACACUUGCACGGGGAAGACCAAUAAUGGGUCACCUUUGGUUCUUUAUGAUGUGAUGUGAUGUCAAUGGACGUUGAUAUUAUAGGCGACAUUUAUGGUAUUUGCUGCUCUGCACGAGCGGUCCAGACCUCCUACUGUAUACUUGACAGUUUUUUUUGUUUAUCCUCCACAAAGUCAUCCACUCAUCUUUUUUUUUUGUUCAGUUAGUUUUGUUUCAGUUAUUUUUUUCAGCAGUCUAAAAUUAUGAAUAUCACCAUACAUGUUUGACUGCACAGAGGGAGAUUCUGAUGUAGAUGCAUUUAAUGGCCUGAGCAGAGGCAGCUCUGUUCACAUACAAUUAUGUUGUUUCUUAAAAUACAGAAAUGAUCAGGCAUUAGUUGUACUUAGAUUUCCUCACCUGUUAAAAAUCUCAUUCUUUGAAAAAUACCGAAGACAAUCUGUAUUAAUGGUCUGUCUUUUUAUUUUCACAUUCACUUUCAGGCUCAUAGAUCUCCAGUUGAAUUAUAAUCCUGUGUGUGCGUGUGUGUGUGUGUGAGAGAGAGAGAGAAGCAACUCAGCAUGUCAUUCACCUGUGGAAACUUCUUCUGAAAAUGUUCAGUAAAUGAACCCCUAAUUUUACAAGCAGGUAUUUAACUGCAGAAAGCAGGGUUUUUUUUAAUUCAGUUUUGGUGGAUAGACCAGCUUGUUUUCUAGCAUUCAAACAUGUCUUUGUAUCAUGUGUUUACAUUGUAAAGGGUGACAUAUAUCCUUUGUGUGAUGUGUUAGUGUAAAUAUUCCAAUAGUUGAAUUGCUGCUAUCAUGGCUCAGUUUGUUUCAUCUGUCUAGCAUAAUAAAUGAUUUGUUACCUC